AGAGAAAAGAAAAAAGAAAUUAGAUGAGCUGGACUGGAGUCGAGAGCUGAACCCCCCAUUCUCAUCGUGAGACUACGAAACUAACUCGCAUCGCAGUGACUGAAGACACAAGGCCCAGAGAGAGACACCAGUUUUCAGAAUCUUUCGGCUUCAGACUCAGAGAAAGAGACUCAAACUCAGAGAGUCUCUCAUGUUGUUCCAUUUUUGAGCUCUCCACCACAGUGUGACGCCUUUCGUUUUUAUUUGUUUUGAAUCGUUGAAAACAGAUUUUCUGAGAUGGAUUUGAUUAAAAACGUCAAGUCUCGAAACUGGGAGAAGGAAUCGCAUCCACAAUACCAAGAUUUCUUUCUUAUUCCUUUAUUUGCUCUCUUCUUCUUCUCCGUUCGAUUCUUUCUCGAUAGAUUCGUAUUUGAGAGCCUGGGAAGACGAUUGAUUUUUGGGAGGUGGCGUAAUGUAGGGGCACUAGAGAAUGAGGAUACACGGAAAAGGAUAAGAAAAUUCAAGGAGUCAGCUUGGAAAUGUAUUUAUUAUCUGUCAGCAGAGGUUCUGGCUCUCUAUGUUACAUAUGAUGAACCUUGGUUUACUAACACAAGAAACUUUUGGGUAGGUCCAGGAAAUCAAGUCUGGCCCGACCAGAAAAUAAAGUUGAAAUUGAAGGGAUUGUAUUUGUAUACUGGUGGAUUUUACACAUACUCCAUCUUUGCUUUGAUUUUUUGGGAGACAAGGCGGUCCGACUUUGGGGUGUCCAUGAGUCAUCAUGUUGCAACAUUCAUUCUCAUAGUGCUAUCUUAUAUUUUCAGGUUUGCCCGUGUUGGUUCAGUUGUUUUAGCUAUUCAUGAUGCUAGUGAUGUAUUUCUGGAGGUAGGGAAGAUGUCAAAAUACAGUGGUGCUGAAGUAGUAGCGAGCUCUGCAUUUAUUCUUUUUGUCUUGUCUUGGAUCAUAUUGCGCCUCAUUUACUACCCAUUUUGGAUUCUCUGGAGUACAAGCUAUGAAGUUCUUCUUACGUUGGACAAGGAGAAGCACCCAGUAGAGGGACCGAUUUAUUAUUAUGUGUUCAAUACUCUGCUAUACUGCUUGCUUGUACUUCAUAUUUAUUGGUGGGUGUUGAUGUAUAGAAUGCUUGUCAAGCAAAUCCAAGCAAGAGGACAACUUAGUGAUGAUGUUCGAUCUGAUUCUGAAGAUGAACAUGAAGAUUGACCAGGAGACAAUUUACUGCUAUAAUUUUGACACUGCAAAAGAUCAGAACAGCAUACAUUUCAUGUAAAUGAAAAAUUGAUAAAUAUAUAUUGGUGGAAAAUUUUUCUUCGUAUUUGAAGGUUCCGUAUAAUACCUCGGUGUUCAGAUUUGGGAGCAGGUUGAAAAAGGGUCUCAGCUGCUUGAAAUGAGAAGCUUGAUUCUUGAUCUUGAUCAUAGAUUUUGGAUAUUGUAAACCAGAAAUAGUUUAGUGUUUUGGCUCAAGUUUGAUAUGUUUUGAGGAAGUUAACAUUAAUUCUGAACUGUAUAAUUUGGAUAGGAACACAGUAUCUUCCCCAAGAUUUAUAAAAUGAAUAAAUCAUUUUUUUCCACUAA